CUUCCCUUCUCCCUCUACGCCCCUCCUCCUCCGUACCUCGCGUCAGCGUCCUUUUCCCCCUCGCCCCGCGGGCGCGCUGAAGGACAGCUUGCACAAUGCGGUGGUGGCGCACCUUCUGCAGACAGGUGGGGAGACCAUACUGACAGCGCUGAACCACCCCGUCAGCGGUUCGCAGGAGGUCCGCUCCACCUGGGCCGAGCUGAAGGCCGAGGGCAGGAAUGAGGGCAUGACGAGGCAGACCGGGCUCCAGGCCGUGCUCUCGGAGAGGCCAGACUUGUUCACCUUCAAAACCACCGACAGGGGGCACCAGCUGAUCUGCCUGAACAACGGGACCCUGGCGGCCAUCGCGGACGGAGCCGGGGCUUCCGCCGAGCUCGGCCAGCUCGCUCUGGACGCCGUUGCUGCAGCCGACGGCGAGGAGCGGCCCGCCAAGGCCCCGCGCACCUGGGUCUCGCAGCCCUGCGCUCCGCAGGGCAGCGCCAAGGGCGUCGGCAAGGCCACGGGCAAGGACGGCAAGGGCUCGCCUGCACCAGCCAUACUGAACGGCGAGGGGCACGUGUUCGAGGGCGGGAUCUGGACCGGGGGCUGCGCCAUCCGCGGGGUGUGCCAGAGGCUGUGCGCCUCUGGAUUCGUGCUCGACUGCCGCCCAUGUCCGGCGCUCGGCGGCCGCUCCUCGGACGGGUCUGCUGCUGCCUGCGCCGCAGCGACGCUGGUGGCAGCGAGGGAGCACCCCGUGCAGACUCAGUUCUCAGCGGGGCCGGAGAGCCCCGCGGCCAGAGCGAUGCCGCCGCCAGGACGUUUCGAGGGUUUUCCGACGUUCGAGCUCUUCGAGAAAUCCUUCAACGUGACGAACGAGACGUUCUUCCAGACGGAGAUCCCCGACGCCUUCCAGUUCCCUCUGGCGGCCAAGCUGCUGGCGAUGUCGAACACCGUGGACGUCAUUGUGGCCGCGCACGGGGCCGUCAAACAGGACGGGGAGAAGGGAGAUCCGAGGUUAUGCGCGGCUACCAGACGGUGGCCCUCACCACCAACGUGCCCAUCAUCCCCGCCGACGGCGUCCUCGAUGCCGCGGCCAUGGAGAAGGCGGCCUCCGCGGCGGUGA